GUCCUCUGUGCCCUCCUGUCCUCUGCGCAUGUGUCCCUCUCUGUGUCUCUCUCAGGAUUCCUACAGUUCCGGGGAGAACUUCGCUCAGUGUCCAUCCCUCUGCGUAGAGAGGAGUCCAGUUGUUCUCUCUGAGCCCAGCAGGAUCGACAGCAGGCCUUCAGACUCACAGAUCACAGCAGAACGUCCAGCAGGGUCAGACGAUGAGGAGCAGAGUGGGGCUGUUUGUGCUGGGCCUGCUGUGCCUCCACAGCUCAGUGUUCGGGCAGGACGCUGACCAGUUCCAGCUGGGAGUUUUAGUCUUCUGCGACGACCCGUCUGUAGACAAGGCCGUCGGCAGCGCCUUGGAAAAGUUCAACGAGAAGCUGAGCACCGGACACAAGCUGGCCCUCUUUCAGGUCCUGACAGCCAGCAAGUCGGUGAACGGCUCAGACUUGGUGUAUUCGCUGCAGUUCACCAGCAGGAGGAGUGACUGCCUCGCAGGGAGCAGCAAACCCUGGUCAGACUGUGACUAUUUGCCGCAUGGACGCAGGAAGCCGAUCUCAUGCAAUGCCACUGUCACCGUGACAGAGACAGAAGCCGACACCACACAGGUGGAGUGCGUGCUGGAUGACCACAUCUUUCCAGAGAAAGCUCCCUGCCUGGGCUGCCCCGAGGAGAUCGACGAGGACUCGGAGGACCUCAGGGUUCCUCUUUCAGUCUCCAUCUCCAAGUACAACGCCAUCUCUGACUCUACUCACCUGUUCGGCCUUAACAAGGUCGGCCACGCCACCAGACAGGUGGUUGCAGGUUUCAGGUUCAAGCUGAGAUUUGAUAUGAAGAAGACCAAAUGCAGCAAGGCCGAACACAAAGACCUCAACGAGCUGUGCGUGGCUGAUGACGAGAAUGUUGAGUUUGCGAACUGUAACUCCACAGUGGAUGUAGCACCAUGGAGACUUGAGCCCCCGGCGGCACACAUUCAGUGUGAACCAGGCGCGCUGCCUCCCACGAUUUUCACCAGGCGUCGCCCCCCUGGCUGGUCUCCACUCAGGCACAUCCUCUAUGGCCGCCCCUCCGCCGCCUCACCCACAGCUUCAGCCCCACAAUCCACUCAGAAGCCCGAGUCAUCUGAGGAGGACGCAGCCUCCAAACCGUCCGCCUCGCCCGACGUAGUGGGGGAUGACAACCCCUUCCACUGCCCGUCCAAGCCCUGGAAACCUUUCCAACCCGUCUAUGAGGCGCCUCCAGUCCCCACAGGUGUCGGAGAGGCGGCCGCCCCUAAACCUACAGGAGUUUUCAGUGAUACAGACCUGCUGUCAUAAAUCUACCCUCAGGGAAAGCACAAGAGAAACACAUUUAUCUCACUGGUUAAUUUUUGUUUCUGAUGAUGCUGUAGGGAUGUGUUUUUUUUUUUUUUUUGGAAGGAUCACCUUCAGAGAUGAUAUACAGAUUUAUGUGGUUUAAAGUGAGGACCACACAGCAACUUAACAGAUUUAAAUGAAAAUCUAUCACCAAAUGAAGAAGCAAAAGACCAUUCACACACAAAGUUACAACGCGUGCGCAGCACAAGACCUAAUACCUGAGAAAUGGUUCAAAAACACACCUGCAGUAACCAUUGAUUGCCAUAGGUGGCGCCAAAGGGAGCAAGAUUGGCACUUUUAAGUUUAUAAAGAACCUACUUGGGUAAAAAUAAACAAACAGUUUCUAUUUCUUGUAACUCGUCAGAAGGCAAAAGUUUCAGUUAUUUGAGUGAUUAAGUUUGCUCAACAAAAAAAAAAAAAUCAAAAAAGGGUUUUCACUCUCAAAGUAGAAAAUCUUUAAUAAAAAAAAAAAAAAACA